AUGGCGAACGAAGCUUUACUCUUUACAGCGCUGUCAACAAAUAAUAUCAAACUUGCAAAGAUUUUAGUAUUAGGUGGAGUUACUAUUAAUUGUAAAAAUCAAAAUGGACUGACACCACUUAUGAUUGCUUGCCAUAUGAACAUUGAUGAAAAAAGGAAAUGUGAUUUUAUAAAGUGCCUUUUAGACAAUAACGUAGAUAUAAAAGAUACAGACACUGCAGGACGGACUGCACUUAUGUACGCUAUAAAAUCAGGAUCAGCUUCCAUAAUUCAAUUACUGAAACGACAUGGACUUACUAAUUCAGUUAAGGCAGGAAAAAGGUUUAGUCGAGCGGACGAAAUGAGAAUAUGGGGAAGUUUUGACAGUUAA